AUGGAGCAGACCAGCUACCCUGCGCAUUACGGCGCCUUGCCGGAUCGAUCUGCGCAAGUGUUUGGCGCAGAAUCUCACGAACCUCGUGCACCGCGUCCCUUUGAACCAACGCAUACCUCCUCCACCGACCCAUACGCCACAGGCACAGUUGCAUCGCAUCCACAGCCUGGUGCCAUAGCAGAGGGACACUCGCCCAUGUCUAGCUAUCGAGGAAGCUUUUCGCACGCCCCUAACAUCGGUCUACCGCACCACCGCCAGGACUCCAUUUCAUCCAUCUCAUCACCGCACGACGUGACCGGCGGAUGGGCACCUUCUUCUCCCGGCUUGACCGCAAGUCGACACGCCUCCAUCUACUCGCUCAACGGCCAAUUUGAUCAGGUUGGCCUGGGCAGCAGCAUCGACAGCGGUUCGACUGCCAGCCACUUUUACGACCAGUCGCCGCCCUUGCAUGCGCAGGUACGCUAUGCGCAGGGUCAGGCCGCAGACGCGCGCCGCUUCUCGCUCGAUGAGCGCGCCAUUCGCACACAGCCUCAGCUGGGCAAGUCUGGGAUGGUCUCUGCUGACUAUCAGGUGCCUGGCUCUUCGGGUCGUCACUGGCCAUGGGGUGCCAACUCGUCCAACAGCAUUCACGGCCGCCACGCUUCCGUCUCGGCAGCGCCUCCUCAGGGCUACGACCACAGUCGCAUGGCCUAUGGCGCCAACUCGGGCCUGCAGCCUGGGUACGGUUACGACGCCAAUGCAAUGUCCGCCAUGUCGCCUCAGCGCUACCGUUCGAUGAGCAGCUCUGCUGCCAGCGGACGCGCGUACGGUAACGCAUACGGCGCUCCCGGCACCGCUGCGCAUGCUGUUGCCGCCAUGGGUUAUGGCAUGGCCCCGCAUCUCGGUGCAGGUAUGAUGCUUGAGGGUGAUAUUCCGGGCGGUCCAGGUCCCGCUCGCAGAGCCAAGUUCAAGCGUAGCCGAACCGGAUGCCUCGUCUGUCGAAAGAGGAAAGUCAAGUGCAGUCAGGACGGCACGCCCUGCAAGCAAUGCCGCAUCGGCAAGCGUGACUGCCACUACGACGAGAACCCGCAGAAGAAGAAGUCGACCAAGAAGGAGCGUUCCGCGGGCUCGAUCGACGCCAGCGGCUCGGAAAAGAGUGUCAACGGUCUCGCUCCUGCGCUCGCCCAGAUCGGUGGGGACCAGCAGACUAACGGCCACCUCGGUGCAGCCGAUGCCUACUACGGCACCAUGGGCGGACUUGAUCACCGCGCCGAUUCGAACGGCAGCAAUGGCGGUGUGACUUUUUCGAUGCCAUUUGCCAGUCAGCCUGCGUCGGUGGCGACGCACUCGUCGGCCACGGACAGCACCUGGUCCAACCCUUCGCCCUUUGCGCCUGGACCGCACGGGGAGACGCAUCCCGAGACGCACCAGGUUGCAACGCAUUCGGAUGGCUACGGCUGGCCCACCAAGCAGGAGCACGACUCUACCCAGGCUCCUGCGCCUUACGGUGAUCCCUCGGUAGACCGCAGUGCUGGCUACUGGAACCACCACCCUACUGGCUAUGCACCUCGUGCUAACAAGCUCGAGGUGUCGGAAUCUUGA